CUUCUAUUUGAUACGUCAAAAAAAUCCUAAAAAGUGGGACAAAAAUAUUUCUCACACAUUUUUAAUACGUGUGUCCGACUGUUCUUGUGAAGGUUUUAAUCCGAUUUUCAGAUGAUUAAAUAAAAGUUAGGGGAAAUAGAAAAACGGUCGGGUGAAUGUGGUAAAAGUGGAAAAUAUGGCAGAAAAACUGGGUUUGGGAACAGAAGAGAGGGUAUUAAAAAUAGGACAGAGCUUUACCAAUCCUAGAUCUAAAGCAUUUCAUACAGUUAGAUAUGAUUUCAAGCCAGCUUCAGUGGAUACAAAUAAAAAGGCUACUCUUGAUGUGGGAGAUAAUAGCCAGGUGACUGUGACAGUACCUCAUCUUGAUGGAGCAGGUACUACCCAAACAGUCUUUAAAGGUUCCCAACGCCCCUAUACAAAAGAGUGUGUUCUUAUAAUAGACAGGGUAACAGGGGAACUUACUCUAGAGAAAUUAACCUGCAACAUACAGCUGAAGAAGACAAGAAGUGCAUUAUUAAAAUCUAAGGGACCGCCCUUGCCUCAAGACAGACUACAGUCUUCGCAUACUGACCGCGCCAGUGGGGCGUCUGGUAGUACAAGCCUCGCUCAACGAGCCGCCACCCCGCCAGUCAACAAUGUGGUCGGACAUCGAGUAUCAAAUAAGACCCGCGUGACAUCCGGCAGCCGUAGACCGGAUCGGCCAAUCACCCAGUUGUUACCCAAACACUCACCUCUCAGAGCUAGUCCCGGACAUCCCUCACCAAAUGCGGGUAUAGGCAACCAUCAGAGAAGUCCUGGCCGAUCGAGCAUGUAUGGUUCCACAAAUGAGUCACACAAUCCCAGUACCCUUGCCAGUCUUCCGAUGAUUGGGAUGGACGAUUUCGCCGAUCCUACUCCACCGCCUACGUCCCAACCUGCCGUGCACCAUAACAGCCGUUUAUCGGCACCACCCCCACAACCGCCCGUCAAUAACGGAAAGGGUCUUUCGCCCCUCUCGGAUCAUAGUGAUAAUGAAAAUGGAGUUGGAACCAUGAGUGAUAGUUCAAGCUCAAGUAGUGAUAGCGACUCCGACAGCGACACUAACGAUAAUGUCAAAAUGAAGAACGGGUAUGGCAACGUCGCACCCGCCGCUCCCCCACCAUCCAAGGUAAACGGCCACGACCUGGCAACCUUGGACGAAGACUUGUGCCUCUCAGAAUCAGGUUCGGAUUCAGAUUAGUGAGAUUUUUUUGUUUGGAAAUUUAUGUAAAAAAUAACUUAUUCUUAUAUAAUAUUCAGGUUAAGUGAUAAGUUAGUUUUUACAAGUAAUUCUCAUAAUAGUGGAUAUAUGAAGGAUAAUUACUGCCUUGUACAUGUUAAGUAUUGUAUUUAUGAUGAUGACAUAUGGCAAAUUCUCUAUGAUAUACCGAUACAGAUAGGAUAAUUUUUGUUAUAUAUAUGAGAUACUGUACAUUAUUUUACAGAAAUAAAUCUGAAUAUGAUGA